CGGGGAAAGGCUAUAUAUAUAUCAAUAAAAAAUCCUAGAAGUCGGUGAUUAUUCAAAAUGGGCAAGAUUUUGAUACUUUCAUGCCUGCUGUCGUUAGCGAUUUGCGCAUCCCAUAAGCACAAAUGGAAGCUUUGUCGACCGGAUGAAGAAAACAAGAAGCAGUGCGUCGAAGAUCUAACGCAGGACGUGAUGUUGGCAUUUAUGCACGGAGUUCCAGAGCACCAGCUACCCGUUUUACUAGAACCGCUAAAAAUUGAGCACGCGUCGCUCUUGCACGAUAUCAAAACUCCACCAAUCAAAUUCGUUGGGGAAUACACGAACAUUCGCAUGUAUAAUUUGACAGUGUGCAACAUUACAAAAAUAGACUUCGAACAUCACGCACACGAGUUCUCAUACCAGUACCAUUUCUCGAACCCGCAAAUAAAAGGAUUCGCCGAUUUCAAUUACAAGGACCUCAUCCUGGACGGAAAGAACUUGAGCUGCUCGGGCCAGGGGAGCUGGUCUUACGACGACGCAGAUGUAGUGUUCGGCAUAACGGUAAAGGUUGACCAUAAACCCCACGGUGCAGUAUCGGCUCAAGUGACGGAUAGCACCCUGAAAUUCCUGAAGGCGACGUUAUCAGUAAAUUACGUUAGCGAGGAGUCUCCGGAGCGCGCCGAAGGGCUGAACGCUUUGGUCAAGGAUCACGCCCAAGCUAUUUACGACGGCGUCAUCCAGGACUUCGCGGGUAUUUACAAUACGGCCAUAAGGAACGUCGUAAAUGAGAUCUUAUCUCGUGUACCUUUGAAGUUAUAAUGUCAGAGUUUAAUAGUUCAUAAGUCGCUCUUAUCGCAUGGUAAAUAAAUAAUAAAGGCACAACAAGAGCAA